AUGGCUACCAACGCCAUCCCAUCUGUUCCAGUGGUGGAUGCCACAGCCUCGGUCAAUGAGAUUGUCGCUGCCCUCAAGGUCGCUGGAGGUGUGAUUAUUCGCAACGCAGUGUCACAGGAAGCACUGGAUCAGGUUGAGAUCGACGUUCGACCGGGUCUAGAGAACGACACAGCAUGGAGCGGUUCUUUCUUCCCAGCCCAAACCCGCCGCACCACAGCUGCGCUCCAGAAGUCGCCGACCUAUGCGCGUGAAAUCGUCAUGCACCCGCUAUUCCAGGGCGUGUCAAACCAGAUGCUAACGGAAAAGCACUGGUUCUGGGCUGGUGACCAGAAGCAAUGGGCGGUCUCUCGUCCGCAACUCUCCAACACCAUUGUCUUCAGCAUCGGGCCCGGUGCCACAGCGCAACCUCUACACCGUGACGACUCGAUCCAUCAGCGUGUUUCUAAGGCUGUGGAUGUGUACCCCGAGGGCCGUGAAGGUUCGCUACGCGAUAGUAGCAUUGGAUUCUUUGUGGCCGGCAAGAAAGCUACGAAAGCCAAUGGCGCCACGCGAUUCAUUCCACGAAGUCACCUGUGGGACCACGACGCCCCGCCAAAUGAGGACUUGUGUGAGUUUGCAGAGAUGGAACGUGGGGAUGCAUUCCUGAUGAUGGCUUCGUGUUUCCAUGGCGGAUCUGCCAACACCACAGCCGACGAGGAGCGACUCAUUUUCUCAACCUUCAUGACCAAGGGCUACUUGCGGCAAGAAGAGAACAUCUAUCUCGCCGUGGAUUUGGAUGUCAUGAAAAAAUAUCCAGUUGAGAUUCAGAAAGUCGCUGGAUACAGCCUUAGCGAGCCAUUCUUGGGAUGGGUGGAUUCAGCAGACCCUCGCAAGCUGCUGGACAAGGAGAUACCUACCAAUACCGAUAUGUGGACAGGCAUCGAAGAGCCGAAGGAUAUCAUCGCGGUCUAA